AUGUCCGUCGAAAUGCCUCCGGAUAACCACGCCCUCAGAGUGGCCUUCGAACAUGACAUCUACUCAUCCUCAGGCAAACCUCUUAAAUUCGGCUCCCUCUUCUACGAUUGUGACGUCUAUCCAGCCGAGAAAAGAAUACUAGUAAUCUUCAUUCGACAUUUCUUCUGCGGGAAUUGCCAGGAAUACGUCCGCAGGCUAUCUUCAGCACAGUCGCCGUUUCAUCCAUCUCUCAAGCCGACAUCUACGACGUGGACGACAAACUUCUCCAAGCCUGCAAAUCGUACUCUUCCGAGUGUCAUAAUUAUUGGUCCUGGACAGCCCAGCCUGAUCUCCUCCUACAAGAGCCUCACACAAUGUCCCUUUGACAUUUAUGCUGAUCCAUCAACACAGCUGUACGACAUUCUGGGAAUGCACCGCACAUUGUCUAUGGGGACCAAGGCACCAGGGUAUAUCGAACACUCCCUCUUGGGUGGCGCUGUCAAGUCAGCGUGGCAGAUUGUCCGGCGUUUUGGGAGUGGUGAUGCACUGGCCGGAGGUGACUGGGACGUAAAUGGCGGAGAAUUUCUGUUUACAAGACCAGCGACGGGGUCAAGGUCAGAGUCCCACUCGCCCUCAAGGUCGAGAUCAAGGUCCAGGUCGGCGAACUCCCGCGUUUCGAGCAAUCUGAAUUGGACCCUUACCUGGUGUCAUCGAAUGCUCAACUCACGAGAUCAUACCGAGCUCAUUGACCUGGCUUACCACACUUGCUUCUCGAUCCAGUCAUCUCUAGAGAACAGCACACGCACACAAUCCCCUGCUCCACCACUGAAGUCCAUCUUGGUGAGCGGGAACAAGACACAUACAAAGACACUGUCGCACAGUUACUCCAGUGAACGCCUGGGCGCCUGUCCUGCCCCCAACAUUCCCAAGUCCAAAGCAGAGGCGCUCGCGAGCCCCCAUCACAAUCGCCCCGGUUCGAGGUCGAAGGCCCGCCCACGAUCACGGAGCACGAGCGUCAGUUCCGGCCAAACGGCCAAGCAGAACCAUGACAGAAUCUGGUCGAGCAUGAGUAGCUCGGAUACUUUGUGUUCGGAAUCUCGUGCUUCAACCACUACUGACCGCGAGAAUCUUGCGGUCAGUCCCAUCUCCGAGGCGGAAGAAGAGGAGAUCAAACCACGAAAGAGUUUCUCGGCUUCUGUUGCAGAGGCGUUCGGCAUUCGAACAACGUUGCUGAAACGGUCCAAAUCAGUCUCAGGAUCCUCACCCGCGCCAGAGGGAGCCCCUACAUUGCCUCGUCCGUCGACUUCUUUCUCUGGGCUGAGACCAGCAAGCAGAGCAAGCAGCAACAAGACAAAGGCUCGUUCGAAAUCAAUCAUCGACCCGAUUCCUCUUCUACGCCCCAAACCCCGAGCCGGAAACCACUCCAAGGCAGCAGCCUCGCAGGAGCCUACCACAUCGCCCUCGCGUCCCAGAUCACCAUCCGCAACCGGCACGCACACCCGCACCCGAACAUUCUCGUUUUCCAAGACCGCCUCAAAGCAUCGUCCAAGCCUUUCCCUCACGCGGAAACCCUCGAGCAGAGUAGGGAUGGAUGAGAACGGCGUAAUGUUGGUCAACGGCGUCGAGUUUGUGAAUGUAAUCAGCGUCAAAGCACGCAUCGAGAGCAGCGACGAGGACGAGCAGAGCAGAAAGAGGCUCAGAGACCGGGCGGAUAGCGGCUUGGGCAUGGACGUCUCCCGGAACCAAAACACCACUGCAGUCGGGACGAGGGCGUUGAAGGAACUCCCGCCACUGCCUCUUGUGGCGGGCCACCGGAAGAAUGACUCUGCGGUCCCGGCUCUAUCGUAG